AUGGUGGCUAAGCAACCAAAGUCUGGUAUUGUUCUUGGCUUAAAUAAAGGUCAUAAAGUAACUCAUCGUGAACUGAGACCAAAACCUUCUCGAAGAAAAGGGUCUCUUUCUCAUCGAGUCAAAUUUGUUCGUGAUAUAAUUCGCGAAGUUGCAGGAUAUGCUCCUUAUGAGAAACGUGUAAUGGAAUUGUUGAAAAAUUCCAAGGAUAAGCGUGCAAGAAAAUUGGCAAAGAAGAGACUUGGUACCUUUGUUAGAGCCAAAAGAAAAGUUGAGGAACUCAGCAACAUUAUCGCUGAAUCUCGUCGUGCUCAUUAA